CGUUGGGAAUUUACUCCCCGGUGCAUUUUAGUUUUUAGUCAUAUUGUAAGAGUUUUUAACGUCGGACGGGUUUCUUUGCUUCACCAUCGUAUUUUUGUUUUUCUUCAAUCGUGUGAGUGCGUUUCAAUAAUGCCUCUGUUUUACCAACUGUUAUAAUCAGCUUCCUGUUGGCCCACUUUUCGCAAACGCCUCAUGGUAGGUUAUGGGUAUCUACUCAAACAAAUUAUCUUCCAGCUUAAUGAUUUUUGUAAUAUUGUGAUAAAUUAAAAAAAAAAAAUAUUGUGAGCUAUGUAGAGAUAUGUACCUACUUAGCUAAAUAAGUCGUCGUCGCGUCGGUUAAAGAUAGUUUUCCUCAAAUAAAAAUAAUAAAAAGCUAUAAUUUAUAAAUACAUAUUGUAUGUUUAAAUACCGUGCAUCCCAAUACCAUAAUUUUUACUUAUACAAAUAUUAUUUAAUUAUUUCGACUACAAACAAACGAACAAUGUGUAACUAAAAGGAAUGUAGGUGUUUUAUUUACUAAAACUGACGAUAUCAAUUGAAUAACGUUUUAUUUCAAAAUUCAAGCAAGAAAUCACAUGUAUUGAUCAACAAGAGUUAAAACGAGAUGCUUUUGCCUUCAGGGCAUACGAACAGCAAUGUCCAGCAACCAGCAACAUCAUCGUCGUCAUUGUCCUUACCGCAAAGUGAAAACGACUUGACGAUGAGACAUGCGAGAAAUCAUCAACAAAAACAACAACAAAUGCACAAUGCAACCACUGGAGACUCAAUCACAGCAACAAAUGGAGAGGGGCAAAUACAAAGAAAGACUGUAAUAGCUAAAACCUUUUCGGCUUCUAAUUGGAAUGAAAUCGGAAGACAUCUUGAUGCCUUACAGAACAACCUCAAAAGUGACUGGACUGUUCAUACGGGCAAAGAUGGACGACUUUACUAUUGCAAUCACAUAACACAAACAUCUGGUUGGCUUCCGCCCUAUGACAACUGGAACCAAUGUCUAGAUUUACCAUACGGGUGGGAGAGGGCAGUUGAUUCAAAAGGACGUCAUUAUUUUAUAAACCACCUGAAUAAGACAUCUACCUAUGAGGCACCAGACUGUGUACGAUGGGAUGAAAAUCCACCAGAGCCAAGAGUGGUAGUUCUUCAACGGAGCCAAAAUAUGGGCUUCGGCUUUGUUGCUGGCAGUGAACGACCUGUGAUAGUCCGCUUUGUCACCGAUGGCGGUCCUAGCAUGAACAAGCUUCUACCUGGUGAUCAAAUACUUGCUGUUAACGGCGAAGAUGUAAGAGAGGCUCCAAGGGAUCGAGUUAUACAAUUAGUACGUGUUUGUGAAUCACAAGUCACCUUAGAAGUUUGUCAACCAGCGAAUCAUCCGGUUCCUGGUCGAAAAUCUACAUUAUUAUCAGCAGGAAAACGAGCGAAGUUACGUUCUCGUCCUAGUCGUGUGCGUUUUGCUGAAAGUGUAUGUGUUAAUGGAGCUCCUUUAUUCCCCCCUUCAGCAUUUUCCCUUGGUGACAUCUGUGUUCCUCCAAUGGCAAAUGUGCUCAAAGUGUUCCUUGAAAAUGGUCAAACGAAAUCAUUUAAAUAUGAUGCCACAACAACUGUACAGGAUGUCGUAUCAUCGCUCAAUGAUAAGUUAUACCUGACAGCUGGGGAACACUUCAGUCUCGUAUUGGAACAUGUGAAAAGUCUGAAGAGAAAUAAAUUGACUCUUUUGGAUCCAGAAGAAUCGCUAGCCAGGAUAGCAGCACGUCCUGGUGCUCAUAAGUUGCGUUGCCUUUUUCGUGUAACUUUUGUGCCGAUUUCAGCAGCUGAAUUGGCCCAAAAAGAUCUAAACACUGUCGACUAUUUGUAUAUGCAGUGUUGUAACGAUGUAACACAAGAACGAUUCGCUCCCGAAUUGCAACCCGAAGUAGCGUUACGUCUUGCAGCUUUGCAAAUGCAUCAACAUGCGUUGGCAAAUAGCGUUUCACCAGCAAAACUAACCGUAAAGGUUGUAGAACGAGAAUUUGGAUUGGAACGUUUUGUGCCUUCAUCACUUUUCGAUGGAAUGAAACGAAAAGAACUGAGACGUCUGAUUGCACACUUCCUUAAAUUAAAUGCUCAAAUGACUGGAUCGUCAACAAAAAUGCUAACACAGCUUCAAGCGAAAAUCCACUACCUUGAUAUAAUAUCCGGUCUACCUAGCUAUGGAGCCAAAUGCUUUAGCACGAACCAAAGAGAAGGUGUCGAACGAGUACUUUUGGUGAGUCCACGAUUCGGUCUCAGCCAGAUUGCAGGUCUUCGAAAUUCAGUGCCACAGCCAAUUUCAUCUAUUGAAGAUUUGACUCAAGUGAUUGUUAAUCGUGAGGACGAUAUUACAUGUUCAGUUGGGGUAUUCAUGGUUGGUGAUAGGAUUGCUAAAUUUUCAAUGGAAGAUCGGGAUGCAUGUGAAUUUUCACUAGUUCUUUCUGGCUAUUACCGUUUGCUUACAGGGAAAGACCUUCCUGUUGAUAGGGAACGUGAGCAAUAUGACGAAGACAAUGCACCAUCCUAUCUUGCUCAGCACACGGUUUUGCCAUCAACAUGGAGUUACCUUCUGCCAUUCCAUAAUCGUGCGCAUAGUAUAAACUUUUUGAUGCCACCACCAUACCAUUCGGUGAAGCAACUUUCUAUUUCAUCUAAAGAAUCAGCUCUAUCCAAUGCUGCGACUACAGCAAUAACAAGACCAUUAUCUAGUCCCAAGAACAGUGAUGGUAAUUUGGAAGAAAAUAUGAGGGACACAACAAUUGGCGAUCGGUGUGACCGCAAUAUGAAUACUACUACUUUAGCUAGCAAUAACCACAAAUCGCAGCAAAUGUUGGCAACAAAUGGAAGACCGGGACAUCAUCCUGUGCCAAACACACUUGAUUUAGACAUUCACAGUGUUAUGGCAAUUGACCUGGUCGAAGAUUCAAAGGACUCUGGACUGAGUGAUAGUAGUGGUGGUGGAAGUAGUUCGGCGAUGUAUUACCCAGCAUCGAAUGGAUUGAUUGAAGCUCGUAACGAAGAGGUUCUUCGACGAGUUGCUGAAAUGCAAAAAAUGGUUGAAAAUUCUGAACAGUACUUGAACGAGCACGGUGAGCUCAUAGAUGAUGAAUAUGAAACUGCUACAAAAGAAGGAUAUAUGAGUUGCCAACAAUCACGAAAAAAUGGCGGCAGUGCAUACUCAUCCAACCUUAGUGUAGAAGGUGGGACAAUUGAAUUCGUUGAUAGCGACUGUGAUAGUCUGAACAGUAGUAAGGUAUCAUCGAAUGAAGAUGCACCUCCACCGGGAGCAUUAAAGCACAGUGACUCGUUGGUCCUUCUGGCAGAAGCAAUUAAUCAAGAUUUAAGUGGCAUUACAAAAGGUUUGAAUUCAAUUGGUACUAGUAAUAAUCAAGGCUUGGAUAGCGGUGUGGUGAGUCAAAACGAAUCAACACCCAAACCAUCUAGGAAAAUGAAUGGCUUAAGUCAGCUCUUGAUUGAUUUACAAGCUUUAGGACAUGAUUUUUCUCAAAGUGAAAGCGAUUCGGAGUCCAUUCAUACCCCGAGCACAUCUCCUACGCAGAAACGACGUCCUCAAACUCAGCAAAACAAAAAGAACUUAUAUAGGACAAGUUUUGGCCUUCAUAGUCCAGACGGAAGUUCCAUAAGAACAGAAGAUAAGGACUAUAACCUCAAGGAAUACCUUAAACAGCUUAAAGAAUACAGCAAGAUAGACAGUAACAAUCAAGACACUGAUCUUGCAGCAAAGAAAUUAUCUGAAAUUUAUGGUUUUGAGAUAGGAGAAGACACAUUUAUAGAGACUGACCCAGACUUAAUAGAUCUACGCGCUAUUCCACCACCCCAAACGCCAGAUGAACUUGAUUCCUUAUCAAUUUUAAAUGCUGCUCCAAGAGGAUUUGACGAUGGGAGUUCUAGCAAUCGUAGUGAAAAUAGUGAUGCUGAUUUGGAUACGUUUUUAGCGAAGGUUGUUGUAGCACCCCCAACACAUAAGACAACUCCUGCAAAAGAACUUACACCUGAGGAAAUUAUGUCAUUUAUCAUUCCUCCCCCACCAAAUAUUGAAGAACAGGCACAAAAGCCCGAGAGUAGUGAAUUCGCUCAUGAAUUACAGGAAUCUCUGUAUAGUAAUUCAAAAGACAUUGCUUUAGAAAACCAGACCAGUGAAACUACCAAUGUCAAAAUAAUGAAAAAUGCAAAUGUACCCCAUGUCAUAGAAUAUGCUACAGUAGAACGAAAAGGAACGUUUUCUUGCUGUGCGAAAAGCAAAAAAGAGGAAACAUCAGUUAAUGUCCCUGAAGCUUCAACUAAUGCUCCUAACACUGCACUUGUGUUGCCGCCGAGACGCUGUACACACUCUGAAAAUUCAAGUCCACCGGCACGACCUCCUAAGAGCGCUGAACUACAGAGCCGAUACUCUCCUAAAAAACAAAUUUCUUUCGAAGUUAAACGUGAAGGGGUAAAUUUAUUGGAUAAAAGUCCAUUUCCUCCUGUAAUACCGCCACGGAGUGAAGACCGGAGUCUAUCACCUGUGGUGAGUUUUCCUCCUAAAAAACCACCUCUGCCUCCAAUAGCUUCGCGUCCAUUUAUUCGUGCAGUACAUCCUUUACCUUUACCGACCCGACCUACCCAAAGCAAUUCGGCUGCUAGAUUGGCUGCAAUCGGAUCACUUCAUCUUCAUCGUAAUCCAAGUGCGUAUAUUGAUAUCGAUAGAGGAUUUAAUGUAACAAAGACCACAAAUGAUCAGAAUCGAUUUAAUGGACAUUAUCGUUCUAAUAGCGACUGUCCUCCAGUUUGCCUUAAAAAUCCCUCCCCCAGCAAAAAGCCACAACUUACUCUUUUGUCUUCUCCACAAAUGUCCCGCAAAUUUACAAAUAUUCCAACACAAUCUGACAGACUUAUUAACAAAAAUGGUUACGUUAUCGAUGUUCAGGCUCUUCUGGCAAAGACUGAUGUUGCAAUGGCCGGAUUGUUGGUCAAAUUAGAUCAAGUGGCUGCUCUAUGUACAGUUGCUCAAGCUGCUGGGGGAGGUUCGCACAUCAACGAAGAAAAAUUCCAAAGAGCACGCGAAGAACUUACAGAGCAAACAUUGUGUCUUGUGACAGCAUCCAAGUUACUAGUUGUGGCUAUGUCUGAUAUGACAUUGGUCACAUUACCCGAACAUUUAACUUCGUGUUUGACAGCAUUACGUAGAAUAACGGAAUUGACACAGGACAUGACAAAGCAUACAUCAUCACCCCUUCAAACAAGAAAUAUUGUUCUCAAAGUUCACGACGUAUCAUCGAGUUUCAGAGAACUAGUUCAAGCUCAGAUAGGACCCUUGGGUGCGGGACAACUAGCUUUGCAGGCUGAGUGCCUAGCAAAUGUGCUGGCAACUUUGCUUCGUAGUUUAAGAGUAUUCUCGCCAUAACAAUGUUAAAUCGAAUUUAAAUUUUUAUUUAUGUAGGUAGGUUACAAGUUGAAUUGAGAAGUACAAUAAAAGAAACUCGUAAAUUGUUAUAUAGAAAGUUAGUUUCUUAAUUUUGGAAGCUAGUUUUCUUUUAAAUAAGUAAGAAUGUAUGUUUAAGUUGAAAGCCUGUACUAUACCCUACACUAAUUUAUAAAAUCUCUAUUUAAAAGCUCUACACUAUUUGAGAUAAAAGCAUGAGUAUGGAUCAUGCAGGGUUUCCGAUGGGAAAUCUAUGCUUUCAAACGUGAAGAAAAGGAAAAGUUGAAGUGUUGAUAAAUUGUUUUUUAUUAGGAAGAAGUAUGCUAUUUUAGGCUUGGCUGAACAUUGUUAGUUUCAAAGCGGAUAUUUUCUUUAAGCUCCCUCAUGGGUCAUAGAUUAUUAUUGUGUGUGCAAUACCCCCCAAAAAUAUCAGAAACCAUGGGAUGCCUGCAAAGCAGCUAAUCAUCUUUUCUGUUAAGUGGUUGCUGAGCAACAUCUACGCCAUUGUAAAUAUUGCGGUAUAAAGAGUUAAGCCAUAUUGUUAAAACCAAGUGUGUGAAGAGCAUAAGGAACGUCAUCGUGAAUUGGAAUAAUAUUAAUCUCUGAUCAUGUACCCACAAUUUGAACAAUUCACAUUUAUCGACUAUUUUCUAGAAUACGGAGCACCUCGCUUCGAUAGUAAAUGCCGGACUACUGUAACAUUGUUAAUAAUAAAUCCCCUCCGAAAACAAUAUCAGAACCUUUACGCAAGGUUUGAGAUAUUAAUGUUUUAAAACAUAAAUUUUCCGCCGGUCAUCUAUCUGCCAGUUGUCAGAAUGGAAGAUAAGAAAAAGACUGCAUUACUGUUAGCAUUUUCCUGUUUAGCCCAUAUAUUUCUAUGUAAUGCGAACGCAAGGCAUUCUCUUUUGUCUAGUUCGGAGAUAAAUGAACGAGUUAUUUUUUUUUAAUCACAAUUGCCUGUAAAAGAGGUUACACUCUCACCUUUAUCGAGUCAAAAUUAGAUAAUAUUCCGAAUCUGAUAAUAGAAUCGGAAGAAGAUCUGGAAUCAAGGGUUAAGAAGAAUUCUCGAUAGUUAAGCUUGACAUCUCAAAACACAAGAGCACAUUGCUCUGAAGAAAGUAAGCAACUGAGCAACUAAUAAUUGCCUAGGAAUUUAUCAGAUCUAAACUGAAAUGAACGCCUACCAAACAUAAAAUACCUACCUUCACUCUACAUAUUCUCAAUUGUCAAAAUAUGUCCUUAUCUUCCAGUUUUGUUCUAGAUCCUCAACUAAACUAGAUAUUAAACUUUAAAAGAACGUGUAAAGCUUAAAGAAUCUCAAACUCUUAGUUUUCAAGCAAUUUCUGACAUGUCAAAAAAAAAAUAAUAUGCAGCACAAGUGGGUAUUCCCCACAAUACUCAGUGUCGUAGUUGCGGUGAUCUUCAUGCCCGGCCAGCUUUAGAAUGUCAUUCUUUGAAGGGCCUAAAUAUACAUGUUUCAAGUUAUUUUAUUAUCACCCUUAAUAAUAAACUGAUUUCCUUUCACUCCAAAAAUACGAUCCCAGCUCUUUGUAAUUUUCAAUAUUUUCAGGUGAAUAUAUAAAAGAGCAAGUAAGUGCAAUCCAGUAGUGCAUCUUAUUCAAAUACAAAGCACUAAUAAACUAAACAAUUUAUAUUACUUGGCAUGAUCCAUUUUAAUUUUCUGGAAAUUAUGUUUUGUUUUUUUAUUUGUAAUGUAACUUUGUAAUUUCUAUAUGUGCACGAUCUUAAGCUACCAUUCAUUUUAAUUCUGCCCUGAAAACAUACCCUCAAUACCCAAUUCAAUACACAAUCAUAAGACUAUGAAUAAAAACUAUAGAUUAUUUAAAAAUGUAUAAUCAGUAUUUUCGUCACUCAUUGCAGGUUUAAUCUUUUUGAAAAUUGGUUAACACGAUUUUGGAAACUACAAUUCUAUUGGCAUAAACAACAACAAAAAAUAAUAACACCAUACUCGUAUUACAUACAAAUAAGUAUAUUUUAUUUGACAUUCUUCAAAAUUUGCUCUCCUUUAUUCCUUAUUUUUGUUAAAACAAAUAUUCCAAAAUAAUCGCAUUUAGUUAUCAAAAAAGGAAAGUUCUGCAAUUUUAAUCCCAAUUACACUGGUCAACAAAGUAAUUUAUACUUUUUCUAAGGUUUUUGAUUGCUUUUUUUCAAAUCCGUCUUCAAAACCAAUCUAUCAUGUCAGGUUUUUGAGAUACUACCCUUUAUUAUAAAAAAAACCUUAUAUUAAGCUGUUUGAGGCUAUGUAAAUUCACGAAUAAGUUUUUUUUUGUUCAAUAAAAUAAAAUAAAAUACGUAAUGAUUCUAUCGAUGAUCAACCGCAGACUCCACCUUCCACCAAUUUCAUUGUUGGCAAGUCUUCUGCCCAGAACCCUUUUUUCAAUAAAAAAAUUUAAAAAAAAUCUGACUGGCGUUAAACCCGGCGAAUAGGGUGCGUGAGAAAACAAUUCGAACUUUAACUCAUUGAUUUUGGCCAUCGCGAUAACGGUUGAAGAAAAACUUUCUUUUUCGUCAAAUGCGGCUAUUUUUUCUUGAUUUUGUAACUCAAACGCUGCAAUAAAUUCACAUUAAACUCGCCGUUGAUUAUUUUUAUUUCU